GACUACAUUUUACUUCUGUUAUCUAAUUUGCUUUUUUAUUUUGGUGUCAUUUGAAAAGCAUACCUAGGUAGGCUUAGGAGUAUCAAUAUAUAACUUGGAGCAGCUGGGGAUUGGUGGCUGCAUAUUUAUGCCUCUUGUCAUUGGCACAUUUAAUGUCUUCAGUUAGCACCUAGUAAUGCAUUGCAUAUCCUUCAACAAAGAAAACCAAGAGAAUGAAGCAAAUUUAAUAAUAGCAGUAAAUUGGACCUGCAACCUGUCAAUUUAAUCGUAAAUUUAAGCUGCCUCUGUCAGGUUCAUAUAUAUGUUUCUUGGGCGUAUCAUAGCAACUGCCUCACCAGCCUCUGACCUCACCGCAUGUCACUGAUACUUGGUCUGCAUAGAGCACCCCGGAAGUUGUUUGCAUAUUCUGCAUUGCCUGCUAUUGAGUGCCAAAUCUGUAACAUAUUUCAUUCCUUGUUGCAAUUCACAGGAUCUAACAGUGCAGAUGUGGUGUGUGCUAGUGAGACAGAGGUGGGUGAGCGAGAGGAGAAGGCCAUCAAGCAGGACGCCAGCCAUCAUGACCUCUGUGUAGGUGAAAACCGCACUAAAGCUGCUUGGCGUGUGGGGAAUAAGCUGGGACCUGAGCAGCAGCAAAUCUGUGAUGUUACCAGUACAGGCUCUUCUCACCUCCACACUCCUGAUACUGGAUUGCUUGGCGUGUCCAAGAAGGAGAAAGGUAGGGAAGGGGUGUCUACACUGUCAGCCAAUCCAGGUAUCAAUGGCUCUUUACUUUGCUGCUCACAGAUCCAGCCCUUGUUUCCGUUAUAUCCAGCAAUAACGAUCUUCAAACAAUCUACAUACAGGCUUCACAGGUGUCUUAGUACUCAAAUAACAACAGCUGACAAUGGCAUACGGAUGUGGCAAGGAGGAUGUGCGCUUCCAAAAACUGGCAAGUCCAGAGCAAGGUUAAGAAGAGCGGGGUGACAUCCAUAUAGUGUAUAAUAAAACGUAGUGUUUAUUGGAAACAACAAUAAAAAGUCCACACGCUACACACGCAGCUUUUUAAUAAUAUAUUUGCAUAUAGCUGUAAUAAGAUAUAUUUUAUUUAUUUUUUUACUAUACACCCUUGUUACUUUUAUAAUAUUAAUUUCCUUCAGAUCUUGACAUAUAUUCCUGUAUACUCCUUUUUCUUCCACACCAGAUGUUAUCUCACAAACUAACUAGAGAAGAGUUCCUUUCAAUAUAAGCCGACCUGUAGAUAUAGGUUAAGAUACAAACGGCUCCCCAUUUCACAGAUGAAUUAGGGUGUGCACAAACCCCUAAUAUGAACCCUAACACCAGUGCAAUGGAGCCCAGAUGAUAAGCGUCUAAGCUCAAUAGCAUCCACUAUGCGGAAGGGCAAAGUCACCCCCCCCCCGUCUGCUACUGCAGCUCUACCUCUCUUUAAGAACAGGGACACAUCAGACUCAGCAGACUGUCACUUGCGUCGAGGAAACCACAGCUCCGGUGUGGAUAACUGCCUCUGUCCUCGCUGUCUGUGUGCGUUGUAUCUUCCAGGUAUGACAUCAUCCGAUGGGCGUUGUAAGCACUGGCAAAUAGGGGUUUACUUCGUCUAAGUGCUGUUUCUCUGAAUCCGGUAGGAUAAAUAGCCGUGAUGCUGGGAAAACGAGUCCAGGGCCGGAAAAAGGACUCCUUGUAGUCCGUAAUGCAAAAAUUGAAAAAAGGAUAGCCUUGGAAUCUGAAAAGUAUAAAAAUACUCCAAACUUUAUUAGACACGUUAGGCUAAAAAUUGCCAAUACAGGAUACAAAAAAAUCACAGGACUAACAGAUCCUAUGCGUUUCGGCAGUUGCCGUAUCUGAGAAUUUCACUAAAGUCAGUGUCCCUGUGUUUAGCAUAGUGGGUUACUGUAUAGACUGGGGUCUGAGAGACCCGGGUUCAAAUCCAGGAACAGGCCGGUUGCAAUUCUCUCUCUCUCAUAUUCUCUCUCAUUCUCCCUCAUA